AUGGCCCAGCGGCGAUACUUUCUUCUUGAUGAGCGGGUGCCCAAAAGCGAGAUUGAUAGUUUUAUUUGUCGGGUUGUAGAGACGUUCUCGCUGCCCCAGACCAGAUUCGCGCCAUCGCCUUCUCGUACCCCCGGUCAGCCAUCGCAUAACACGAAUGAUAUCAUCCCUGAUAUCCUUCCAGAGCCCGUUUUGACGACCAACCGAAAGGAUCUGAUCCAAGUUGCUCGUAAAAAGGGCAUACGCGCCCAAUUAUCCAUACUGUUACAUAUUGAUGUCACACGCGGCUCGAUAGAAAAACGCCAACUUGACAGCAACAUUGUGAAGCAGUACGCGCUGCCCAAUCCUGAACACUGCUUCAAAGUUCUCAUGCAGAAUGAACACUAUGCUCAAGAUGUUCAAGAGCUCUUGGAACGCACAAAAACUCACCGUGCGUACCUGGUCACUGGCUUUCUCACUGCUGUUGGAACAACCUGGACGAUUGAGAGCACAUCUAGCACGGAAAAUGGCUUUGGUGUCAACGUUCCGGUGUCGAGUUUUCUCAGCGUACCUGCUGGAGACGUAUUGAAUUUCACUCUCCAGCCUCAGAUAUGUUCCGAGACACUAAACAGUCGUGAAUUAUUCUCUGAGGAGGAAGAGAUCUUUGCGGUAUCAUACUCUGUCGUCGAUUUGAAACGCCACGGCUGCCUGUUGCCGGGCUUCGGCAUCAAAACUCCAGUUUUGGGGCUCCAGAAAAGGGCAAAGGCCUAUCACCUGGCUCUUGGCGACAGUGAUGAUAGUAGCGAAGAGUUCGAGUUCGAUUCGGAUAAUGAGUUUGUUGAUACACAUACCAAACUCUCGGACGAGGUAAUCCUCAAUGUUGAUCACAACAUAGAGAUCGGGGGGCAGAUAUAUUUCGAGGUUGAGUCCAUUUUGAACCCCGAGUGA